ACUGGGCAAUUUUGGGCAUUUAGAAACUGUAAAUUAUUAAUGUGGAGACACACAAAAGUAGAUAAAAUUUCUUGUCUAAAGAGCCAAGUCACGUUCACAUGUCUCCAUCGAUCGUGAGCAGCUCAGGCGCUGGGUCGUGAGCGAGAUUGCGUAAAAUAACAAAAUGGCCAAACUGUGUUUGCUACUGCUUUCGAGGCAUUGGAAAUAUGUUUACGUCACAUCCCCAAUUGGUUAGACAUGCUAGACUUGCGAUUUCUGAUCCUAGGCCUGGGUAGAGGUGGCAUCGACGAUCCUCCAACAUCCGCACCUGACAUUUUUGGGCGAUCGCCAAUGUUUCCAAUUCUGUGGUGAAUCGGCCAGCUUGGGGCCCAAGAUCCCGAUUUAUUCACCACCUCCAGGUAAAUCUGUUUGUACCGUUUUCUUAGUUAGGUCCUUCAACUUUGUUUGGAUUUGCCGUGCUGUUGUCUGCGAGUAAUCUGGCACAAAUGAAAAUCUCACUACGAUUUUCUUAUGUAUUUUGGUAUUUUUCUUUGAUUUCUUGUCUUCCACUAACAUUCUAAUCUCUAUCAAGUCACUAAUUUCUUCCUCUGUCCAACAGGCCCGAGGGCCAGAUCCAGUUGAAGUUGACAUGGAGAGUAUUUAGGGAUAUUUAAAUGACAAAUAACAUACAAUAGCCAAAACUGCAACGAUUGUGAAAAUAGCGUUCUUAACUACAAAUAUUCCCACAAAUAAGCUAACUACUUUGACCCCGGAGAGAUGCUUAAUCUGACUGGCUUUCACACAAAAGAGGCCAUAGCUCACUGGCAGAGAUCCCAAUUCUCCCAAAAGUUACGGGUUUCUCCCUUUUUUCUGGGUCGUCUCCCGCUCCCCCGCGAAAGCACAGUUUUCUCCCGAAUUUUGGGAGUUUUCAGAAAUAUCCCGAAAUUGUUAAAAAUCGUGCUCCCUGGUCUUUAUUUUUCAGCCCAAAACUAGCCAAGACGCUAGAUGCUACCUAAACAAUAGUGAUGGAUUUGCGCUGGCACUUGAAAACAAAGCAAUCAUUUAUUCUUUGUUGUGCUAUUACGCAAUAUCUAGGCGCACCCAUUUACAUCUUUACUAUAGUAGACAAUGAUUGCUUGGCCUAAGCCUAAUCUUUUGAUAAACUGUGGUUGACACCUCUACCUACCCCAACCCAACCGAAGCAAUUUGCUUUGCUUUUGUCGGAAACUUUAGAGACAGGCAACAACAUAACAUGAGCAGUUUUUGGGCCAAUAUGUCACAGUUCGUUCGAUUUUUGAGAAGAAAACAUCUAUUCCAGUAUUACUAUCUAUCCUGCAAAAGCCAUCGCCGAAUUCAAAACACCGCUUUGAAAUGCCUGCUCAUCCUCAGAAGAAGGCAAGUACGCAUGCUCAUUUAAACCAGAUUUCACGAAAAUGUACCCAAGUAUAAUAGGGGUCAAGUCUGAUUCGCAUGCUGCAAAGUGCACCGUUUGUAAUGUAGUGUUCACCGUAUGUCAUGGAGGAAAGAACGAUGUUGACAAACACAUUAAGGGAAAGAAGCAUGAGAAAUGUGCGAAAGAAAUUGCCCAGAAUCAGACGUUCAAGUUCACCUCACAGAGUGGUCCAUUGAAAGAGAAAUUAAUCAGAGCAGAGGUAUUAUUUACGGCCUUCAUCCUGGAACAUAACCUUCCAUUUGCUGUUUCUCAGCAUGCAAACCAACUUUUUAAGCAGAUGUUUCCAGACUCCGAGGUGGCCAAAGAGUACAGGUGCUCUUACAUGAAAACUGCAGCAAUAACUGGGAAUGCAUUAGAACCAGAAGCAUCCAAAGUAAUGUUUUCCUGCCUGAGAGACCGUAGACAGCCGUUUACAUUAAUGCUGGAUGAAUCCAAUGAUAUACUGUGCCAGAAGGAAUGCGCGAUUUUGGUGCCAGUUUGCAAUGUAGCAACAGCCCAGAAAAUUUUUGAUGUUGUGAAUGGCUCUCUUUGUAGCAGUGGACUACUAUGGGACAAUGUUGUAGGAUUUUCGUCUGAUAAUUGUAACAUGAUGAUAGGUAAACGAGCAUCUGUUUUAACGAAGGUCACAGAGAAGGCUCCUAACAUAUAUAGUGUGGGCUGCCCAAGCCAUCUGGUGAACAUUUGAGGCAUGUCGUUGCAAAAUGGUUAAGUUGUCGCACAGGCCAGUAUUGUGUAAAUGAGCUAUAAAAUAUGGGAGCUCAAAAAAUUGCCUAAAAAUCCAAAUUUGUUUUUCACUAUAGAU